AUGGGGGGCAGGGUACCCCGAAACACAGCCCAUGGGGGGCAGGGUACCCCGAAAUCCAUCCCCCGCGGGGCAGUGAGCUCGGCACCCCAGGAGGAACCUGAGCGGCUGUCGCGGGCUCAGCGGCGCCGGCGGCGGCGGCGACAGCGGCGACAGCGGCAGCUGCUGGCAGAGAGACUGCGGGACCUGGAGCGGCUGCGCGACACCGCGGGGACACCGGGGACAGGCAGCGACACCGAAACCCCCCCGGACCCCCCGGAGGAGGGCGGGGGGAGCCCCCCGAGCGGGGCCUCGUCCUCGGGGGUGCACACGCUGCCCGCGGGGGGGGGCUCCAGCGACGGCUUCUCGGGGGGCUCCUGCGCCUCCAGGGGGGGCCCCCCGGGACCCCCCCGGCGCCCCCCCAGCCCCAGCUCGGCCUCGGACUCGCUGUUCACCCCCACCUCCGGCUCCCUCAUCUCGGGGGGCUCCGAGGGGCUCCCCAACCCCGGGGGUGUGUGGCACAGGCACUUCACCGAGGACAUCCAGACGCGGCAGUACCGGGCGCUGGAGGUGCUGCUGGGGGCGGGCUACGGCCCCCCCGCCGACAUCUGGAGCACGGCCUGCAUGGCGUUCGAGCUGGCCACGGGCGAUUACCUGUUCGAGCCGCACUCGGGGGAGGAGUACAGCCGCGACGAGGACCACAUCGCGCACGUGAUCGAGCUGCUGGGGGAGAUCCCGCGGCACGUGGCCCUGGGGGGGCGCUACUCCCGCGAGUUCUUCAACAGGAGAGGUGAGCUGCGGCACAUCCGGCACCUGCGGCCGUGGGGGCUGCGGGCGGUGCUGCAGGAGAAGUACGAGUGGCCGCGGGGCGCGGCCGCCGCCUUCGCGCGCUUCCUGCGGCCCAUGCUGGCCUUCGAGCCCGGCCGCCGCGCCACGGCGCGCCAGUGCCUGCAGCACCCCUGGCUCCGCCCCUAGCCCCGCCCCCAGCCCCAAUAAACCACGGGAACGGUGGCA